UCGCCACAUUCUUAAUUCGAUAGCCCCCAACGUAAGUUGGUUUUUCUCAUUCCACUUGGUCAGCUGACUUGAAAAAAAUACAAAUAAAAUGGGAACCGGCAGCAAGAACUACCAGGCACCGGAAUGGCUGACCGCAGAGUUCCUGCAAGAUGUCCUUAAGGAGCACUUCAAGGAGGAGCAGCUGGUGGUCAGUGAGUUGUUGGUGAAGAGCGCCCAAGUGGGUGACCAGGCGGCUGGAUUCGCCAGCGAAAUGCACCGCGCCAGCUUCAACCUUCAAAGGGGUUCCCAAGCGAAAAGCAAGUUCUCGGUGAUUGUGAAGGAUCAUCCGAAGGGACAAACUGGGGCAGUGGCCCAGAGGAGUAAGCUCUUCCAUCGCGAAAUCCUGGCCUACAAAGAGGUGCUGCCACGAGUCCAGGCUUUACUCAAAUCAAUUGGAGAUGAAACGAAAAUUGCCCCCACUUGUUACUACACCACGGAAUCGCCGGAGCCCUUUCUCAUCCUGGAGGACAUGCAGUUGUCCGGAUUUGAGAACUUCGAGCGGGGUCGACUCUUGAACCUGGACUACGUACUGCCCACCAUUGAGAAGGUAGCCAAGCUACAUGCCUGCAGUGCCAUCAUCGCCCAGGAGAGUCCCGAGGUGCUGGAGUUCUUCGACGAGGCGCCCAUCUCCCGGAAUCCCGACCGCCGUGACUUUCUCACCUUCUUCCCCGUGAACAUCCGCUGUGUGGCUGAGGAGGUGGCCCACUGGAAGGGCUACGAGGAGAUCACCGAGAAGAUGUUCCUGCUGGCCGAGAACGUGCUCCAACGAGCUCUUACCAUGUUCGAGUCCACUGGCAAGGAAUUCCGCGUCUUCAACCUCACCGAUCUGUGGAUCAACAAUCUGCUGUUCCACAUCAACAACGAGACCAAGGAGCCGGAUGAUGUGGUCACCUUGGACUACCAGUUGGCCUAUGUGGGCUCCCCCACCAUCGAUCUUAACUACUUCCUCUACGGCUCUUUAAACGAGAAUGUUCGCAAGGUCCACUUCAAGUAUAUCGUUCUGAAAUACCAGCGGAUGCUACAGCAGACCCUGGAGAAACUUAACUACAAAGGACACAUUCCCACACUCAAAGAGCUCCACAUUGAAAUGAUCAACACCAGUCUAAUGGGUGUGAUUGGCGCUACUUGUUUGACCCCACUGAUUUUCCGGGAAGGAGCUGGUUUUGAGAACCUGGAAGAUCUAAACUCUCGCACUGAGAGUGGCGAUCGAUUCCGCCGGGAAAAUGUGGAAAAUCCCAAGUACCGAGCUUUCCUACAGCGUACAAUCAAAGAGUUCGAGCUCUCCGGAUUCUUGGAUAUUUAGUUGACCAUAACGAAGAGAGAAGCUGACAGGGAACACUUUAACAUUCAAACAAAAGUAUUCGGGCUUCCAUAUAGAGUAAGCCUUAAAUAGUUCCAGACACAAAGAUCCAUGAGUAUUUUCUAUAUGCAAAUAAAUUAAUAAAUAUUGUUUUAACAGUCAA